UUAUUUAAUAUAUGUGCAUUAAUCUUCAUGAAACGUGAUAGUGUAUAUAACAACUAUAAUUGUUAUUUACAAAAGUGAAGAUGGCAGAGAACGCUGUUGAAAGUAGAACAGUUAUUAUAGGAAUGGAUGGCAGUGAGUUUUCUCAAAAAGCGUUUGACUGGUACUGGGAAAACCUGAGAAGGGAAUCGGACAAAGUCAUAUUGGUCUAUGUUCCUGAAUACCACACUGUCGUUUUAUCCCCGCUGGAGAUUUCGGCCUUUUCGACAUUGACGAAUUUAUAUGCUGAGGAAGAACAGAUGACUAAAGACUAUAUUGAAAAACUUACCUCUUUGCUCAAAGAUAAACAUGCCAAGGGUAAGGUAAAGGCGACAACGGGAAGACCUGGAGAAGUUAUCGUGAAAACAGCAGAAGACAUGAACGCUGAUGUAAUUAUAACCGGGUCACGUGGUAUGGGUACUAUCAGACGUACGAUUCUUGGAAGUGUGAGUGAUUACGUGAUGCAUCACUCCUCUGUGCCAGUGAUAGUGUGCAAACAUUAAUGUGAUCUACGACUGAAUGUUGAGAAGGGUUUUGUUCAACUUGUGUUUCAUGGCUGUUGAGCUUAACAUUAAUGUUUUAACCACGUUUUCAUUACUUUUCAAUAGAUAAUUCAGUUCUAGACAACAUCAGCAAUUAAGCAUUAAAAAAACUUCCAUUCAUCAUAAAUGAAAAUAGAAAUCUAUGUGGUAUUAUCAUCGUUAAUAUUUAUCAAUUGUUUGAUUUUUGUAUCAUCUGUAGUCUCUACAAAGUGAUAAAUGUAUAUUUGUUUUGCAUGGCUCAAUGUAAUCUAUACUUAACUUUUAUAUCUUAACAUGAUAUUAUUUUCAACAAAAUAAAACACAAAUGUUAUAUAGA